AUGGACUCUCUCGAGCGAGAGCAUGAAGUCUAUCACAGGCAUUAUAGUGGUCUAAGCUUUGAAGCCAGAGACAUUAUGAAUGGCACUCGAAUCCCUGCAAAUGACAUCGAUGUUGACGACGACGAUGACAUUGAUUUCCCAAUUCUUAAUGUUAACGACCUAUCUAUUUUCCCUCCCAGCGAAGAGGCUCUACUUCAGACCCAUGAAGAAAGAGAGUAUGAAGAGAUCCUGAGCUCAUUAUUAGCAAAGAGUAAUUGA